CGGAACGAUGGGCUUUUUCCAUCAUGUGUAAUUUUUUCAGAAUUUCAGCCAACAAAUGUGUACACUAGAGAGGUUAAUGAAAUUCAUCAUGCGUUUUAUAACAUGCUCAUAUAAAAAGCACCUUACAUUACAAAAAGAAAAGAGAAAAGCUUCAAUUCACUCAAUUGUAUUCAACUCACGCGGCCGCAGGCGCAGAAAAAUCCUUUUCUUUUAAUCUGUGUGGUUACGGUAAUGUUAUAUUUUUGUUCCGUAAACAAGGCUGUCGUGUCUGCGUAUAUAUCCAUCUAUGUAAUCAGGCAGCGCACCGGCAAAAAAUUGAGAUAAAAUACAGUUUCAUGUAAAUUUGUAAUCGCGUAAAAAAGACAAAUGACGCACAGCACUCGAGGAAUUAUCGCAUCGUGUCGGUCGACCUCACAUCGGCGGGUCAUCAUAAAUUAUUCUCAAUCGUGUAUUAUAGAGAAGCAAACAGUUCCCGCAGCGUGAGCACUCGGUGCGAUGUACACUACGCUUGUCUAUUUUAUUUUUGUGUCCGGCGUCACGUCUUUCUCGACGACUCUCAACUUGAGCGACUUUUUCGCCGACCAGUCGCACAACUUCAUAAACUUCCUCGAAGAGCGCGGCAACGAAAUGGAAGACGCUUUCUCAUCGAGCUAUGCGCGCGCAAUGAAAAUGAAAAACUCCUUCGAUAACUACGUGGAGGAGCAGCAGAACAAAAUCAGCACGGAGAUAAACAGCUACAUAGAGAACGUGAAGGACCGCGGCCUGCAGAUCGCCAACUCGUUCUCCUACGUGCCGACGCAGGACGCGGCCUCCGCCCUGCCUGUCCCUGACGCCGCGCUCACCGUGCCCGCUCGCGUCACGCGCCUCGGAUACAGCUGCGAGACACAUACAGUCAUAUCUCAGGGAUACGUCUUGAACUUGCACAGGAUUCCGCACUCAAAGGGCGGUGGCAACAUUUCUUCGAAGACAGUGCUGCUCCAGCACGGUCUGUUUGCGAGCUCCGCGGACUGGAUAUUGAACGGGCCGGACAAGGCACUGGCGUAUGUGCUGGCCGACGGGGGCUACGAUGUCUGGAUGUCGAAUGUCAGAGGCAACGUGUACUCCACCGAGCACGCCUCGCUCAAAAGGAAUACUAAGUCGUAUUGGAAUUUUUCGUGGCACGACAUCGCGCUGUACGAUAUUCCCGCCAUUAUUGACUACAUAAUGAAGCUUAAAGGAGAAGAUGCGAAGAUUACAUACAUCGGCCACUCGAUGGGUACCACCAUUCUGUUUGCAAUGUUAACUCUGCGACCGGAGUACAAUAGACUGCUGACGGCGGGGUACGCGUUGGCACCGGUCGCCUUCAUGUCGGACUUAAAGUCACCUAUAAAGGCUCUUGCGCCGCUUGCCAGCAAUGUGGCGCGCAUGGAGAUGAUGUACGGUUCUCAUGAAUUUCUUCCUAAAAACUCUAUGUUUGGGAAGCUUGUCACUUCAUGCAAUAAUGAGUACGUGGACAACAAACUUUGUAGGAACGCUAUCUUCCAAAUUUGCGGCGAUAAUGAGAAACAAUACAACGAAACGUUGCUGCCUGUUUUCUUGGCACAUUUCGGUGCAGGGACCUCAUGGAAGACGAUUGUGCACUACGCCCAGGAAAUAAUGGCCAAGGGGAGGUUUCAAUUUUUUGACCUCGGCCCUUGGAACAAUAAAAGGAUUUAUGGCACGGAAAAUCCCCCUGAAUAUGACUUGAGUAAAAUAACUUUACCUAUAAAAUUAUUCUGGGCUCAAAAUGAUUUGCUGUCAACGGAGAAAGACGUAAAAAAUCUGCAAGAGCGACUGCCGGCGACGACGGACAUCUAUCUAGUACCAGACCCUAAGUUCAACCACUUGGACUAUCUGUGGGCGAUCGAUGCGCCAUCUUUGCUUAACAGUGAAAUAAUAACGUCCCUGCAAAACUCGUUUGAAAAUUUUCCAAACAAUUAAGUUUAUUUUUUACAUAUUUAUUUUAUUUAUUUCUUACUUAGCGCGAUACGUUAACUGGCUCGAGUAUCGAAUU